AUGAUGAAGAAGAACGAGCAAGUCGAAGAGUAUAUAGAGGCUGUACCCGUUCUCCAACAUGCCAAGGCUGCACUUCUUGUGUGUGCUUUGGCUGUGAAAUCUGUCGUUUCUCAGAUUGCAGCUGCCAGACUUGCACCGACUUCACAAGGAAUGCUAAAACUUGAGUAA